CGCGCGCCCUUCCCGGCGGCCCUGGCGGCGGCGCGCGGCAGGAUGAUCCACGAGCUGCUGCUGGCGCUGAGCGGGUACCCGGGGGCCGCCUUCACCUGGAGCAAGCGCGGCGGCCUGCAGGUGUCCCAGGAGCUGCCGUUCCUCCACCCCAGCGAGACCAGCGUCCUGAACCGGCUCUGCCGCCUCGGCACCGACUACAUCCGCUUCGCCGAGUUCGUGGAGCAGUACACGGGGCACGUGCAGCAGCAGGACCAUCAUCCAUCUCAGCAAAACCAGGGUGGAUUACAUGGGAUUUAUUUGCGAGCCUUCUGCACAGGGCUUGAUUCAGUUCUGCAGCCAUAUCGACAGGCACUACUUGAUCUUGAGCAAGAGUUUCUGGCUGACCCUCAUCUUUCCAUCUCACAUGUUAAUUAUUCAUUGGAUCAGUUCCAGUUACUCUUCCCCUCUGUGAUGGUUGUGGUGGAACAGAUCAAGACUCAGAAGAUUCAUGGAUGUCAGAUACUGGAGACUGUCCACAAGCACAGCUGUGGGGGGUUGCCUCCCGUUCGCAGUGCUCUUGAAAAGAUUCUGGCUGUGUGUCAUGGAGUCAUGUAUAAGCAGCUCUCUGCCUGGAUGCUGCAUGGAUUGCUACUAGAUCAACAUGAAGAGUUCUUUAUCAAACAGGGCCCAUCCUCUGGGAAUGUCCCUGGCCAGCCUGAAGAAGACGAUGAUGACCUAGGAAUUGGGGGACUAACAGGAAAACAGCUACGAGAGCUGCAGGACCUGCGCUUGAUUGAGGAGGAGAACAUGUUAGCUCCAUCUCUAAAACAGUUUUCUUUGCGAGUAGAAAUGCUGCCAUCGUACAUUCCUGUGCGAGUUGCUGAGAAAAUCCUCUUUGUGGGAGAAUCUGUACAGAUGUUUGAGAAUCAAAAUGUUAAUCUGACCAGGAAAGGCUCCAUUCUAAAAAACCAGGAGGACACUUUUGCAGCAGAGCUACAUCGACUCAAGCAACAACCACUCUUUAGUUUGGUGGACUUUGAAUCUGUGGUUGACUGGAUACGGAGCACUGUUGCUGAGCAUCUUUGGAAGUUGAUGGUGGAAGAAUCUGAUUUACUAGGACAACUGAAGAUUAUUAAAGAUUUUUACCUUUUGGGAAGAGGUGAGCUGUUUCAGGCCUUCAUUGACACUGCACAGCACAUGUUAAAAACACCACCUACGGCUGUAACUGAACAUGAUGUCAAUGUUGCAUUUCAGCAGUCUGCUCAUAAGGUAUUGUUAGAUGAUGACAAUCUUCUCCCUCUGCUUCACCUGACCAUUGAGUAUCAUGGAAAGGACCACAAAGAUACUUCUCAGACUCGUGAAGGGCCUUCCCGGGAGUUAUCUCCACGUGAAGCCCCUGCAUCUGGAUGGGCAGCUCUGGGCCUCUCUUACAAAGUUCAAUGGCCACUGCACAUUCUCUUUACUCCUGCUGUUUUGGAAAAAUACAAUGUUGUGUUCAAGUACUUGCUGAGUGUGCGGCGGGUUCAAGCCGAGCUACAACACUGCUGGGCUCUCCAGAUGCAGCGCAAACACCUGAAAUCUAACAGAACGGAUGCUAUCAAGUGGCGUCUGAGGGAUCACAUGGCUUUCCUUGUGGACAAUCUUCAGUAUUAUCUGCAGGUGGAUGUACUGGAAUCUCAGUUCUCACAGCUUCUGCAGCAGAUAAACUCCACCCGAGAUUUUGAAAGUAUACGUUUGGCUCAUGAUCAUUUCUUAAGCAAUCUGUUGGCUCAGUCUUUCAUCCUUCUAAAACCUGUUUUCCAUUGCUUGAAUGAAAUUCUGGAUCUCUGCCAUAGCUUUUGUUCUCUGGUCAGUCAGAAUCUGGGUCCAUUGGAUGAGCGUGGAGCUGCACAGCUCAGUAUUUUGGUCAAGGGAUUCAGUCGCCAGUCAUCACUUCUCUUCAAGAUUCUCUCUAGUGUUCGCAACCAUCAGAUAAACUCUGACUUAGCUCAACUGCUGCUACGUUUGGAUUAUAACAAAUAUUACACCCAGGCUGGAGGAACCUUGGGCAGUUUUGGGGUUUGAGCACUAAGGCCUUUUCUUCAGGUUGUGACUGACAGCGCUGCAGGUAGUAAAGACUGGUGCUCUGAGGGAGUUUGCACUCGUGAGUUUUUCUUCAUAGCUGGCUCUGCCUGAUGAACCACUGUUUCAGAAAGAAGUGGCAGCAAGUGCAUCUGUGGGACUGCCUAGUAAUUUGUGGAAAGCUACUCCAUUUACUCGGAACAAAAAUGAACAUGCUUUCUGCAGCACUGUCUAUACUUUAAAUACUUCUUCAGAGGCAGUCUAUGCCUCUUCUGAAAGUGGAAAAAAUACAAGGAUGAUGAUGUCUCAGCUCUUCACCUGGACUAUAACCCUUUGCAAGUUGGAGUAUGGAAUAAGUGGUUUAUUAUUUUUGACUAUGGCUCAAGUUCUAGCUGUAUCUAGAAAUUUCACCUGUACAAUAAACUGAUUUACAGUUAA